AAGAUUGCCUCAUAUACGCGACGGAUGGCGUGCGAUUCGUGGGUUUCAAUGUACGGACUUGAUUUUUUUCUUACCAGAGUAGCAUGCAACGAGCAAGGCGGCCGGGUUGUCAGUUGUAUAGGAGCUGUGGUAGGAUUGAGACAGUAUGGAGUAGGAACUUCUUCCCAGCAAGAAUAGUAGGAACUAAGCUGUAGCUAUCAAACUGGGCGUUCGGCUAAUACGGGAACGUCGAUAAGCUUUGAGCUCCGCUUUUGCUCCGGACUCCGCACGGGACCGAUAAAGAGACCCAAUGACUGUCCAUUACGUAGGGCUGCCGAUUAGAUAAAAAGCCCUCCAGGCGCCCCCAAACCCUCUCGCCCUUUCUCCAUCCUUGCAUAGGAGCUGUCACACUGAACACGCAGAUUGAUCAAUGCGAGCGAUCAUCUGUUCCAUGUCUGACCGCUGUUUCCUCCGAUCCCCUCAAUUCACUUAGUUGAACCAUGCCCCCCGAGAUGAGGGAGAAGUCCAUGCCACACACCAUGGCGCCCUCCGAAUCCACGCCCCUCCUGCAGGUGGUCAGCGUCGCUCCCCAGCGGCACCGGUACCCCCAUAAUAGGCUACGACGGUUCUGUAGCUUCACUCUCGGAACGCUGCUCGUGUUUUCUCUGUUCUUGUUCCUCCUUCCCACAGCUGUCUUUCCCCGGGAGCAUGGCUCCAUCUGGUCGUAUCUCCCUGGAGCGCGUCCAUUCCCCCACAAGGCUUGGCCCCAGGGUCACGGUCUCAAAUACGAGGAGCUGCAGGCAAUCCUUCAGACGACUCCGUCCGCGGAGAAAGCACGGGAAUGGAGCAGUUAUUAUACGGCGGGCCCUCAUCUCGCCGGCAAAAACCUGAGCCAGGCGAUCUGGACCCAAGAGCGCUGGCAAGAGUUUGGCAUCCAGGACACUGAAAUCGUGGCCUACGACGUCUACCUCAACUACCCUCUGGACCACCGCCUGGCUCUGCUAAAGAAGUCCAAGGAUCAGACUGAAGUUACGUUCGAGGCUACCCUAGAAGAAGACGUCCUAGAGGAGGAUGGCACCAGUGGUCUGCCUGACCGCGUGCCUACUUUCCAUGGCUAUUCGGCCACUGGAAAUGUCACUGCUCCAUUCGUCUACGUCAAUUACGGCUCUUAUCAGGAUUACCAAGAUUUGGUUGAUGCCAAUGUCAGUCUUGCUGGCAAGAUUGCGAUCGCCAAGUAUGGCCACAUCUUCCGUGGCUUGAAGGUGAAGCGCGCACAGGAGCUGGGAAUGGUGGGUGUGAUCUUGUAUGACGACCCGGAGGGCGAUGGUGAGGUUACCGAGGAAAACGGAUACAAGCCGUACCCCGAGGGUCCGGCCCGGAAUCCUAGUGCUGUGCAACGGGGUAGCACCCAAUUCCUGAGCUUUGCACCCGGCGAUCCUACUACACCUGGUUGGCCAUCCAAGCCCGGAUGUGACCGUACGGAUCCUAGUCAUGCGAUCCCAUCCAUUCCUUCGAUUCCAAUCUCGUACAAGGAGGCCAUACCCCUUUUGAAGGCUCUUAAUGGACAUGGUCCCAAAGCAGUGGACUUCCCUAAGGGAUGGCAUGGCGGAAAACUUGGCAGCAAGGGCGUUGAAUAUAACAUUGGCCCUUCACCAGAUGAUGUGGUAAUUAACCUGGACAAUCAACAAGAAUACGUUACUACCCCCCUGUGGAACGUUAUUGGCACCAUCAAGGGUGCUAUUCCGGACGAGGUGGUCAUUCUGGGCAACCACCGGGAUGCGUGGAUCGCUGGUGGUGCUGGAGACCCGAACAGUGGCUCCGCUGUCCUCAAUGAAGUUAUUCGCAGCUUUGGCGAAGCUCUUAAGGCAGGCUGGAAGCCAUUGCGCACAAUCGUCUUUGCCAGCUGGGACGGAGAAGAGUAUGGACUGCUAGGAUCAACAGAGUGGGUGGAAGACAAGCUUCCGUGGCUUUCCAAAGCCAACGUUGCUUAUCUCAAUGUUGACGUGGCUGCCUCUGGAACUGUCCUUGGCCCUCGGGCAGCCCCGCUCCUGAACAGUUUGAUUUAUGAGGUUACUAGCCUCGUCCAGUCUCCCAACCAGACUAUCGAAGGCCAAACGGUUCGUGAUGUCUGGGAUGGCUACAUUGCGACCAUGGGUAGCGGUAGUGACUUCACUGCUUUCCAGGACUUUGCGGGCGUGGCCAGCCUUGACCUGGGCUUCGGCCGUGGCCCCAAGGACCCCGUAUACCACUAUCACUCGAACUAUGACAGCUUCGACUGGAUGGAUCGAUUUGGUGACCCUAAUUGGCUCUACCAUGAAGCCUGCACUAAGCUCUGGUCCCUGGCGGCCGCCAAGCUGGUCGAGGCCCCUGUACUGUCAUUUAGUGCGUCUGACUAUAGUGCUGGUCUUGGUCAAUAUUUGGAGAAGAUCAAGCCCAGUGCAAAGAACUUGCCUGGCGGCGAGUUCGACUUCGGGUCUCUGGACAGAGCAGUCGCCGAGUUCCAGGCUACGGCUCAGAAAUUUGACGCCAAUGCCGCUGAUCUGACCGCCCAGCUGGAUGAAGAUCUUCCCUGGUACCUGUGGUGGAAGAAGGUUAGGCUCUACUUCCAGAUUCGCGUGGUUAAUGACAAGUACAAGGCCCUUGAACGGGCUUUCUUGUACGAACCCGGACUCGAUGGGCGCGACUGGUUCAAGCAUGUGGUGUUUGCGCCCGGCCUUUGGACCGGAUACUCGGGUGCGACGUACCCUGGCUUGGUGGAGAGUUUUGAUGCCGGUGAUGCGGCAAAUGCCCAGAAAUGGCGCUCUAUCAUUGUUGAUCGCCUGGAAGCCGCUAGGAAAGUGCUUCAAUGAUACAGAUAGAUGACAGGAGAAAGCGGAGCUGAGAACAUCUACCAUCUUAGCUUCAGAAUCAGUAGUAUACAGAGAAGAAUGUGACGUAGCGUUGGUGGUUAGAAAUGUAUAUAGCAGCUGACCGCAGGAUGCGUCGUAGUAGGACUUCAAUACAGAGUACUAUACCUUCUCAGUCAUGGUUGCAGAUGCAUGUUACAUGGAUCUAAGCCUAUUUAUUCCCCCGAGGCGUCCGACAAGGGAUGAGAGAGGCUGUGGUCUGCAAUACGAGUGAUAUAAAAGCGGAGUAAAGGUUCUCUUGACUCAUAAAAUCGGAAAAGAAUCCGAAGCCCUUGCAGUGGAGAGAGAGUCACGGGUCCAAGCAUGACUCUUGACUUGUUUUGAUUGUGCUGACCCACCAGCCCAUCUUUAGUCUCCACUGCUGCGACGUUCUUUCUUUACUAUCUUCAAUUGUCGUCGGUUUCACCUCGUCAUCUCCGCUCUUUUGCGUUCGACUCCUCUCCUCUCUCUUAUCUUUCUUUCCGUUCUUACAGCUGUCGACCGUGAUCGACUGCCUAUCAAGACCUCAUUGAU